CAGGUUGUGUGUGGGGAUAUCUGUCCAAACAGGAGGACAUUCUUGUGAGAAAGAAGCUAACAUGGAGCUACACCGGUUGGCAGUUUGUGCACUGAUUUUAACACUCAAUGCAUUUGUGCACCAUGACAUAGUUUUUGCUGCAGAAGCUGGUGGUAAUGCAACAGCGAUUCUUCUAAAACCAGGCUACUGCCCACGUCUCCUUAAUGUCGUCCCAUCACAUAAGGGGUGUGUGUGUGAUGAAGACUGUCCUGCUGACCACAAAUGCUGUGUCUUUGACUGUGGAGCUGUCUGUGUCCCUCCUGCUUUCACCAAGCCAGGAGUGUGUCCUCGCAGGAGCUGGGGCUCAGGACUGUGUGCUGAAUAUUGUUCCAAUGACAAUGACUGCCCCAAUGAUGAGAAGUGCUGCCACAAUGGAUGUGGACAUGAGUGCAUUCAACCAUACACAGUGAAGCCGGGUCGCUGCGCCCUUCCCCAGGGAACCCACAUGUGUGCCGAGUUCUGCUAUCAUGACGGGCAGUGUCCAGGAGAGCAGAAGUGCUGCAAGACAACUUGUGGCCACGCCUGCAGUGAGCCCUGCUGAUUGGACAGCACAGCAACUAGGCUACAACUACAGAAAUGGAUCAUGUUCACUUUUUUUUUUACAAUUUUCAACCCUAUGGUAGCACACUUUGGUGCAGUAUUUGAGCAGUGGUUUGCACAAAGUUGGAUUAUUUCAGGGAGAAAGUAAAUUAUUCUCCUUUUAAUAUUGUUAAGAUGCCAAUUUAUGUGCCUGUACUUUAAGUACGUACACAAAUUAAAUAGUGUUCUACUCUAAAUUUGGAAGAGCAAGAACUAAAGAAUAACCUGCAGGAGGGAAAUAAUUGCUAGUGUACCUUCAUAGUCUUUAAAAGACCUACAGUAUGUUUGUUUUUCUUGAUUAGUUUACAACUGGAUUGAUCUUAUUCUGAUGCCAGUAACACUUUGGUCAGUAUUUCUGUCGGAGUAUUGAUAUUGUAUCGUCUAGUAUAUUCUAAAUGGAGGAAAAUAUACUGUACUUGUAUAUCGGUUGCUUGUAGGUAUGGAGCAAUUUGUAUUUUACCCAAUAAACAUGUUUCCAGAACC